AUGGCAUCACUUGAGGAGGAUGAGGACCGCGACCUGGCGGGUUCCCAGGACGGAAGCUCAGACAACGAGAAUGAGAUUGACGAUACAAUGCGCGAUGCCGAUGAUGGCGACGGUGACAUUGAACCCGAUGCUGACGCCGACGCCGACGAUGACCCUGGGAGCCCGUCCAAUGCAAGUCAGGCGUCGGAGGGUGGUGGUAUGGUCUCGCAGCAGAAUCACGAUGGAAACACCCCAGGCAAUGCCGAUACAUCCAUGUCGGAGUCUUUUUCUAUCUACCACCCCAGCGUACGCCCCGAAUGCUUGACUGCGAAGACCUAUGACAUCGUGCCUACCACCGCCGCUCCGCAUAGCACAUCCAUCAACGCGAUCGCCGCCACGGCAGACAUGCGCUGGGUCUUUAGUGGAGGCUCUGACGGAUUCGUGCGGAAAUUUAAUUGGGCGGAUUCGAUCAACAGCAAGCUCAUGUUGACCGUGGCGCAAAGGCACCCCUUUGUCGAUAGUGUUGUCAAAGCUGGCGUGCUCAUGACAUAUUGGGAGAAUAUGGAAGCGAACAGCUUGUCGCCGGUUUACUCUCUAGCGUGCCAAAGUGAGGGAUUGUGGCUCCUGUCAGGGCUGGAAUCUGGUGCUAUUCGACUACAGACGCUGCGCCAUGAUGAAGGCAAGGAGGUUGUGCAAUUACGACAGCACACCUCUGCGGUAUCAUCAUUAAAUUUGACUUCUGAUGAGCAGUCGCUGCUUUCAGGAAGCUGGGAUAAAAGAGUCAUAGACUGGGACUUGAACACCGGGCAGUCGCGACGAUCAUUCGGUGGAGGUGCCAGUCAAAUCUCGAUGGUGCAGAUCCGGCCAGAAUCUAGCUUACCUGUUCCGCAAGACACCAUUAAUCCAAUGCUUUCAAAUGGUACAUAUUCAUCAAACUACGAAGCUACUGGGGCGGACAAAUCCAGCUUCAUGGAUACAACCCAGGAUGCUGCAGAUACAGGUGUUGCCGAGAACCCGCAGGCGGGCUCACCGGCAGAUUCACUAUUCGGUGGCGCGGAUUCAUUAUUUGGCGAUGCCGAUGGUGGAGCUGCGGAUGGAGGAGAGCCAUCGGCAGGGGUGUUCGGGGUUGAUGACGAUGAUGAAUUUGGCCGCGCGAUGGCAAAUGGUGUUCUCGCAGAUCAAGACGCCCCUGGGGAGGACGACACUGAGAUGCCACAACUAGAGGCGGCGCCCCAACCAAGCACACAACCAACUGAUGCCAAUGCUAGUGCAGAAGACACGAACGCAAACCACGAUCAGCCAAACACUCAUAUAUCGACCGAGCCUGCACAACCGGCUGCCAACGGUCUUCCUAAGGCAGAGGACCUUGAGUCAUAUUCGCAAGGUCCAGAUCUUUCCCAAGGCAUGCAACAAGAAGGCUCAGGAGCGGACACCACGUUCCUUGCCGCGUCUAUCGAUGGAACUAUUCGGAUAUGGGACAGGCGGCAGCCCAACCCGGUCGCUCGAAUCACCCCUCGUAAUGGUGUCCCUUACUGGUGUAUGAAUGCAUGUUGGUCUCCGGAUGGGAAUUAUAUUUACGCCGGACGACGCAACGGCACCGUCGAAGAAUUUAGCCUACACAAGGGACUCCGAGAUCCUGAGCGGACAUUCAAGUUCCCUCAGGGGAGUGGACCAGUGACAGCUCUCAAAGCGAUGCCUAACGGACGCCAUCUUGUCUGCGCGUCUCAUGAUAUUCUCCGUCUCUACGACCUGCAACAUGAACAGAGCUCUCGCCAUUCAACCACCCCGUUCCUCAUCAUUCCAGGCCAUCGUACUGGCACAAUCUCCCAGCUGUUCGUCGAUAAUGCUUGCCGGUUCAUGAUCUCCACCAGUGGCAACCGUGGCUGGGAAGGCAACACCACGGAGGUGCUCCUCGGCUACGAAAUCGGUGUUCCCCAAUAA